CUUUUGACAACCAAGUCUGGGUCAAACGACGGGUCUUUUUUCUCUUUUCUUUUUUUUUUCUCUUUUCAGUACGGAAUUCGAAAACUAAGGAAGCACCAUGGAAGGCCCAGACUUCUCUGAACCGCCAGCCAAAAGGAGACGAUUCUUUUCCAACGCAGACGCAGACGCAGACCAAGCGACUAGCCACCCCUCCAGUCCUGCGUUGCCCACGCCAUCUACACACCAGAAUUCCUCUCAGCUCAAGACCGAAGAUGAGCGGGGCUAUCCGUCGUCUCCUGCACCGGCUCGCGGAUCAUUAGCGAAAAGGUCGGUCCACCACCCAUCCAGCCGAGCACCGCCCCGGGAACCCAACAUCAAACGCGACGACGAGACACCCAUGGGCUUUGAUAAUCAUUUGUUCGAGAGCUUCGUGGGAUGCAAGGUGGACCCCGAAAUGUUGGACAUCGUCAAAAAUAACUGCGGGAAUAACCUGGAGAGAGCUGUCAACAUGUACUUCGACGGCACUUGGAAAAAGCUCAAGAAGAAGGCCCCAUCGUUGAACUCUUAUGCUCGGCCCGCGGCUUGUGCGACCCCUCCAAAUACUAUCUCGAUGGGAGAGUCGUCGGACCAAGAUACACCGAAACCCGCUAUUCGUCGUUCAAUGCCCGAAACACGCUACGUUGGCGCCUUUGGAGUCGAAGGAUGGGCCACGCGCAGUGGUAGCAACCUACUGAAACACGGAGACGUGGUCAAGAUCGAAAGACAAAAGAUCCAACCGCCGAAGCCUCCCCGGGUCACGGCCAAGCUUGGCGUGGCGGUGGCCCCUCAGCGACCGAGCCCUGCUGCUUCCCGGCGCGUCGAUGUCCUCGUCCGAUUCACCAACAAGGACGGGACGGAGAUUGGGAGGCUGGCCAAGGACACGGCCAACUGGGUUUCGACGCUCAUAGACCAGAAGCUCUGCAGGUUCGAAGGAACCUGCGUCUACGCCCCUGAACGUCUACGGACCAACGACACCAUCUUCAUCCAGCUGCGAUGCUACCUGCUCGCAUCGGCCUUCGAGACACAAGCGUUCCACGUGUCGGAUUCGAAUCGGACCCUGGCACUCUUCGAAAAGGAGGAAUCUUCCGAAGAGAAAAACCUUCGGCUGAGGCAAGUGGCCUUGGUGAGGCUGCUGCAGGAAGUCAACCUUGACCCGACCCGAUCGAAUAGCGCGUCAUCGAAAGAGCAACGUCAAGGGCUGGUGAAAGCGGCCGAGCGCGACGACAAGACCAAGGCGGAAAGGGAAAGGGAAAGGGAAAAGGAAAAGGAAAAGGAGCCGCUGCCUGCCUCCAAAGAUCCCACCUCGUCUCCGCCUUCGGAGGACGUUGAUGAGGAUGGGGAAGAGCUGGAGCAGGACCAACUCGACGCGCUGUACCAAAAAGCCCAAUCCUUCGACUUUAGCACGCCAGAGGCAGAGCCCGCCGACACUUUUGCCAUGACGCUCCGGCCUUACCAGAGGCAGGCUCUCCACUGGAUGAUGACCAAAGAAAAAGACCUCAAGAGCAGCCGGGAACCCAGCAUGCAUCCCCUUUGGGAGGAGUACGCUUGGCCUACGAAGGACGUCGACGAUAACCCCUUGCCUGUUGUUCAAGAUCAAACUCACUUCUACAUCAACCCCUACUCGGGCGAUCUCUCGCUCGAAUUCCCCGUCCAGGAGCAGCAUUGUCUCGGUGGUAUCCUUGCUGAUGAGAUGGGUCUCGGGAAGACGAUCCAGAUGCUGAGUUUGAUCCAUUCCCACCGAUCCGACGUCGCCCUGGGCGCCAAGAGACUGAACGGCAACGCCAUCUCGGUGAACGAUCUCCCUCGUCUAUCCCACCACGCAUCGCACGUCCUGCGUGCCCCCUGCACGACCCUUGUCAUUGCCCCCAUGUCGCUGCUCUCGCAGUGGCAGAGCGAGGCCGAGAAGGCGUCCAAGGAGGGCACGCUCAAGGUCAUGGUAUACUACGGCUUGGAAAAGGCCAACUCGAACCUGCAAGCCCUGUGCUGCGAAGCGAACGCUGCUUCAGCUCCCGACGUCGUCAUCACCAGCUAUGGGGUCGUCCUGUCCGAAUUCACGCAGGUCGUCGCAAGGAAAGGCGACCGGUCGUCCCACACGGGCAUCUUCAGCCUCGAGUUCUUCCGCGUCAUCCUCGACGAGGGUCACCACAUCAAGAACAGGCUGUCCAAGACCGCAAAGGCGUGCUACGAGAUUAGUGCCGAGCAUCGCUGGGUGUUGACCGGCACGCCCAUCGUGAACAGGCUGGAGGACCUGUUCAGUCUUGUCCGUUUCCUCCGCGUGGAGCCUUGGAACAACUUUUCUUUCUGGAAGACCUUCAUCACCGUCCCGUUCGAGUCGAAGAACUUUGUGCGAGCCCUCGAUGUGGUCCAGACCGUAUUGGAGCCCCUGGUGCUGAGACGGACCAAGGAGAUGAAGACGCCGGAUGGAGAGCCACUGGUUCCCCUCCCCCCAAAAUCGGUGGAGAUCGUGGAGGUGGAGCUCGGAGAGACCGAACGCGAGAUCUAUGACUACAUCUUCCUCCGAGCGAAGCAGACAUUCUCCAAGAACAUGGAGGCCGGUACAGUCAUGAAGGCUUUCACGAGCAUUUUCGCGCAGAUCUUGCGGCUGAGACAGACCUGCUGUCACCCGAUUCUCGUCCGCAAUCGUGACAUCGUCGCAGAGGAAGAAGAGGCAAGUGCAGCGGCGGACCGGGCAGCCGGUUUGGCGGACGACAUGGACCUCAACGUCCUCAUCGAGCAAUUCUCCGCCACCACGUCGGAUUCCGAGACGAAUCCCAACACGUUUGGCGCCCACGUGCUGAGCCAGAUCCGGGACGAGGCCGCGAGCGAGUGCCCGAUCUGCACCGAGGAGCCAAUGGUCGAACAGACGGUCACGGGGGGGUGCUGGCACUCGGCCUGCAAGAAGUGCCUGCUGGACUUUAUGAAACACCAGACGGACAGGGGGAAGGUGCCGACGUGCCCCAACUGCCGGGCGGUGGUCAACUACCGCGACCUGUUCGAGGUGGUCCGGUACGACGACGUGCUGGACAUGUUCCAGAAGCCCAAGAUCAGCCUGCAGCGGGUGGCGGGGGGCGGGACGCAGCAGUCGUCGGCCAAGGUGGUGGCGCUGAUCCAGGGGCUCCGCGACCUGCGGCGGGAGCACCCGCACAUGAAGUCGGUCGUCUUCAGCCAGUUCACGUCGUUCCUGUCGCUCAUCGAGCCGGCGCUGGAGAAGGCGGGGGUCGGGUUCCUGCGGCUGGACGGGACGAUGGCGCAGAAGGCGCGCGCGGCGGUGCUGGCUGAGUUUCAGGAGGCCAGGGGCUUCACGGUGCUGCUCAUCUCCCUCCGCGCGGGGGGCGUGGGGCUCAACCUGACGUCGGCCAAGCGCGUGUUCAUGAUGGAUCCGUGGUGGAGCUUCGCUGUGGAGGCGCAGGCGAUUGACCGCGUCCACCGCAUGGGGCAGGAUGAGGAGGUGAAGGUGUAUCGGUUUAUUGUGAAGGCGAGCGUGGAAGAGAGGAUGCUCCGGGUGCAGGAGCGGAAGAAGUUUCUGGCAACGUCUCUCGGCAUGAUGAAUGAUGAGGAGAAGAAACUGCAGAGGAUUGAGGAUAUCAAGGAACUCCUUGGUUAUGAAGCUACGCCACGGUAGAGCAGCCGCCUUACGAAUACCCCGUCGAACAUAAUUUGGAUACCCGACACCGGACAGGAGUCGUUGCCAAGUCCAACACAUAUAUAAUAAGCAUCUAUGUAUAUAUCAUGAGGCUGAAGAGUGCGUACAUGGGGAAGUGUUGGAAGGACAAGAUGACUAAAGAUAACUAAUACGGGUAGAAAAGUAGACCUAGACAUUCUGCCUCCCUGGAUAUGAACGUCGGGGCGGCUUUACUGUGUGUACAGG